UGUGGCUGCCGCCAGAAUUUGUCAUUAGUAUUUUUAAUUUUUGUUCAUAGCACCACCUAUUUUACAUGUGCAUCGCCCUUUAAGUAAUUUCUCUUUGUUACUUAAGAAAGAUUUACAGCGCAUGCCUAGCGCGGGUCAAUGUCAAUAAAAGGCCUACAAACACAUUUUUAGUACGCACGAGAAAAUAGUUCCAUACAUUCAAGCAUAAGAAAUAAGUUAUUAUCAUUAAUUAUGUACUGAAAUGUAAAGUAAUGUUCAUUGAAAUGCGAAUAACAUUAGUAAAUUCUGUCAAAACUAAAUCGUUGGUCUUUUUAAGUAAAAUUCCAGUUGGACAAAUUAUUUGAUAUCCGUGUGCCGAUAAGUUCGGUGAACGCGUUGACCCUUGGCUUUUCUGAAUUACGACCUGGCCCAAGCAAUACGUGUUUUGUGGGGUCUUCAAGAAACGCCAAAGUUUCAAGGUAUAUUUUGCUGCCCAAGGAUGGAAAAGUCCUGCCAACGAGUUUUCACGGCACUGUUCAUCACUGUUACUUUGUUUUGACAAUCGUUAAGUCAAAUAAAGACAUUCGUCACCAGAAAAUGAACAUCCGUUUCAACGUUGAGUUAUUUUGAUCCUGCGGCAGCAACAGUGAAAACUCGGAUGGACAUGACACCUGAGAAAUCCAUAAUUGGAUCAACUACUCAAGCCAAAUAUUUGAUGUGAUGUCUGGAACUGCAUUCGUCCUCACCUGGCCACUAAGGAAGCUGACGAGGAACUCGGCAAGACACGGGCAAUCAAACGGCUUGGAGGUUGAUCAUCGCUCAAGGAUGUCAGGUUCAUUUUCAUCAAAAUAAUUGAAGAUUGAAAUCAAAGAAAGAACACUAGAACAUUUAUAUGCGAUUGAAAUUUCUCGUUUGGAAACUUAAGCAAUAAACAAGCUAAAGAUUGAUUUAGGCUUGCAUAUCAACUUCUCGAGAGAAUUUCAGAUUUAAAACCUUUAAGAUCUCUAACAGAGUCUUGGUUCGUAUCCCAGAAUUGUAACAGCUAUUUAUUCUGAUUUGUUUGGAUAACGUAAUUUAAAACAACAUAAGACUUGAUUCCCUUAUGAUGUUUGGGAUUUAAAUUUUCAGCUAAGAUUAUAAUUUUCUUAAAAUACUUAUCUAACGAGUGGAGAUAAGUUUACAGAAUUUGUUAUGUGUAUGUAACAUCUCAUCAAGAAUAACCUUGUGUGUGCACUUAUAGAUGAUUUUGAGACAAAAUAACAUGAUCAAGUUCAUUUGAAAGGAUAUUUUUUUAUUAAGAUUGAAAAAAAUUCUAAACUAAAAAGAAACUGAUUACCGAUAGUGUUUUCCUUUAAGAACAAGGGAACAAAAGGUCAUAAUAAUUUGAAAUUGAUUAGAAAUCGGGUUACCUUGUUGAUAUUGGAAUUGAUUUGGAUUCAUGAUAAUAUCAUUAAUUCUAUGCUACGUUUGAUAUUUUUAUUAUUUCAAAGCUUGAAUGUAUCGAAUUGUAUGUCCUGCGUAGCGCUGUGUUUUUAUCGUGCCCGAAUUGAGAUUUGGGUUAAAGCAGUUAUCUUUGCUAUUUGUUAUCAGCUACUGCCAUUUGCUGUUACCAGCCCACUCCCACACGCCCAUUUCUAUUUCACUUCCAAACUUUGAUUCAAAUUCAAACUUCAAAUUUCGGUCAAGAUUAUUUAAAUUUGAUCUCAAAUACUGAUUUUCUCGUUGGUUUAUUUACCUCAAAAAUAUAUCGUUCAAUAUGGAAGGGCAACAACCAACUGAAAAUAACUUGACUACUGACUCGACUAACUUACCUCCUGAAACACUUCGCCGCUCCACUCGUCCUGUCAAAUUGACAGAGAAAGCAUUGCAGAAUAAAGAAGACGACCUUCAAGGUAAGUUUUUUGUUGAACAUAUAGAUUUGCAUUCGAUCAUACAAUCUACUCGAAAUAGCUUAUUGUCUCAAAACAUUGAUGGUGAUAGCUUAGCAGUGAAUAAGCUUGACAUUACUGCUAGGCUCAAUUCUUUGAAGGAGAUAUUUGUUGAGCUAAAAAGGCUCAAUGAAGACUCCAUUGAUGAUGAGGUUAUUGAGGCAAUGGAUGAAUCUUCUAUUUCUGUUCGUAAUAUCUUAUCGGAUAUUGAUAAGGUAUCCAACAUGUCUUCUUCUAGACAACCAUCAAUUCGGUUGGCGCACUCAACACAAUCACGACUCUCGAGGACAUCUUCCAGAUCGUCACGACGAGUUGCAGUCGCAGCAGAAGCCGCUGCAUUACAAGAAGAGCUUACAGCCCAGAAGCUUCAAAAUGAACGGAAAAGGAGCUCGAAAGAAUGGAACUUGAGGAAGAAAUGAGGAGGAAGCAAGUAGUUUUCAAAAUGUCCGAGCUGAAAAGACAACUAGAAGAGGAAAGACUACAAGGCAAGCUCAAGGCACAAGAAGCAAUUAUGAGAGUCUACGAUGAAGAAGAUGGAACCAGCACAGUCUCUUCUUCAUCCUCGCGUGGAGGUAAAACUGUUGUCAAAAAGAUCGAAGAUCAGCCAAAUCCAACUGAUGUGAUCCCAAGGGCAUCUCCCAAGUUAGAAAGCAAAUUGAUUGAUGAACCAGCCUCCAUCGUGUCACAGCAAGCGCAAGUAGUGCUUGAUCCCCAAGCUCCGAUGUUCCAGCCAAGAUCACCAGUUUUAGAUCUCGCUGAUGCCUUGGCUCAGAGUCGUCUACCCGUUCCGGAGCCGCCAAUAUUCACUGGAGACCCACUCCAAUAUCCAGAUUGGGUGUCGGCUUUCACUACUCUGGUAGAGCGAAGAGGCAUCCCUCCUGGUGAAAAAAUUCACUACCUUCGAAGGUAUCUUGGUGGUCCAGCAAAGGAGGCAGUCAGUGGCUACUUUCUCCUGAGGUCAGAAAAUGCAUUUGAGCAAGCAAAGAGCACCCUUCAAAAGAGGUUUGGCAAUCCAUUUGCUAUUGCUGAAGCCUUUCGGACAAAGUUGGAUGUGUGGCCCAAGAUAACCAGCAAGGAUCACAAUGGGCUGCAGCGGUUUGCAGACUUCCUUCAACAGUGUCUGGUAGCCAAGGCUGAGAUUGUCGAUCUCAACAUUCUGGAUGAUAUACGAGAGAUCAACCGAAUGGUUGCUCGACUACCAGAUCAUAUCGUCCAUAGAUGGAAUCGCUCGGUGGCACAGACAAAAAGGGAGCGACUUUGUUAUCCUAGGUUUGCUGACUUCGUUUCUUUCAUUGGGAACGAAGCAGACAUUGCUAAUGAUCCUCUGCUCACUGUGGAUGUUGGCAAGACUAGAGAGAGAAAACAGGAAACCGCAGUCUCAAAACGGGUAACCCUCUCUACGUCUGGCUCAACUUCACAGAAGCAAUGUCUGUUGUGCAAGAGACAACAUCAUUCCCUGAAUGACUGUCGGGAAUUCCUUCGGAAAGACAUGUCCCAGAGAAAGGAUUUCAUCAAAAAUGAAAGACUUUGCUAUGGCUGUCUUGAAAAAGGCCAUAUGUCUAAAUAUUGCCAAAGCAGACUGGUCUGCAAGAAGUGCAGUAAAAGGCAUCCAAGCUGCCUUCAUGAGGACCAAAGAGAUUCGAACAAGGCCAACUUGGCAUCAAGCCAACCGAAGGAAGCUCAAACCGCAUCGACCUCAAAUCCUCAAGCUGUAACGCACAAAGUACAAGGCGAUGAACGUAGUGACCUUACAUCAAUGAUUGUGCCUGUGUACCUUUCUAGUACAGAGAGGCCUGACAAGGAGGUUCUAGUGUAUGCACUACUAGACUCCAUGUCAAACACCACCUUCCUUUCCGAAGAUGUCGGCCAAGACCUGGAUGUACAAUCCCAGCCUGCCACAUUGUCGUUGACAACUUUGACAGAUGAGAUAUCGAUCUCAACCUUCAAGUAUGACAAUCUUCGUGUCAGAGGUUUUUAUUCCUCGGAGAAAAUUCGUCUACCCUCCACAUUUACUAGGCAGUCUAUCCCUCUGGACGACAGUCAUAUCCCGACUCCAGAAACUGCCUCCAAGUGGCCUCAUCUCGUGUGUGUGCAGGAUAUGAUAGCGCCAAAACAAGACUGUCCUGUCGGUCUUCUGAUUGGCUACAAUUGUGCACAGGCCCUUGCUCCUCUGACGUCAGUCCGAGGCCAAAAUGGUGAGCCGUAUGCUGUCCAAACAGACCUUGGUUGGAGUAUUGUUGGAGGUCAGUCUGACUUGUCCAACAGCUUCGAUUCGUUUGGCCACACAUACAGGACAGUCAGCAUGAAGGUAGAGGCCCCGAUCGAUAUCAAGAAGGUGACAUUCGCUUACCAGUCUCCCUUAAAGGAAGCGACUGCAUCGGAUUUCCUUCAGCUCAUGGAAAGGGACUUCCAAGAAGCUGAACAAGCUGAUGCAAUGUCACAAAAUGACAAAAAAUUCAUUCAAGUUGUCACCGAAGGUUUACGCCAGAGAGAGGAUGGGUUCUAUGAGAUGCCUCUUCCAUUCAAGAAAGGACCGCCAUCUCUUCCGAACAAUCGACAGGCUGCUUUGGGUCGAUUAGCAGGUCUCAAGAAACAGUUCCUGAAGAAACCUGAAUAUCACAGUCACUACAAGGUAUUCAUGAAGGAGAUCUUGGCACGCGGUGAUGCAGAGAUGGUCGGUGAUAGUAGUGACAAAGGCUUGUGGUAUAUUCCUCACCAUGGGGUAUAUCACCCUAAGAAGCCUGGCAAGGUCAGGGUUGUAUUCGAUUGUAGCGCCAGGUAUCUUGGGACAAGCCUCAAUGACCAUCUCCUGCAAGGCCCUGACUUGAUUAAUCCUCUCAUCGGUGUCCUGUUGAGAUUUCGCCAAGGUCCUGUGGCAUUCAUGUGCGAUGUGGAGAAGAUGUACCACCAGUUUAAGGUUGCAGAUCCACAUCAAAACUAUCUGCGUUUCUUGUGGUGGGAGGAUGGGGAUCUCUCCAAGACCCCAGUAGAUCAUAGGAUGAAGGUCCACCUCUUUGGGGCAACCUCAUCUCCGGGCUGUGCCAACUUUGGCUUAAAACAGAUUGCGGAGGACCACAAGAAACUCGGUGACCGUGCAGCCAACUUCCUCAAGAGGAACUUUUAUGUCGAUGAUGGCCUAAAAAGCAUGUCUUCUGAACAGGAAGCAGCUGUGCUAAUCAAGGACGCAACUCAAAUGUGUGCUAAAGGCAAUCUACGUCUGCACAAAUUUGUGUGCAAUAGCAAGGACGUAACCAGCACCAUUCCAAAAUCGGAACGUGCCACUGUCACGAAUGCAAGUGUUCAGCUAGGUGAACAAACCUCACCAAUCGAAAGAGCUCUUGGGCUUCAGUGGUGCGUCAGUUCUGAUGAGUUCUGCUUCCGACUUACUCUGAAGGAUCAACCCCUCACUCGACGAGGUAUUCUAGCUACAGUUGCGUCUGUAUAUGAUCCCCUUGGUCUCAUUGCACCAGUUGUCCUUGCUGGCAGAAUGAUUCUGCAGGAAAUGUGCAAACAAAAGAUGGAUUGGGAUCAUCCCGUUCCUGACUAUCUUCGGACAAGAUGGGAAAUAUGGAGACAGGAGAUCCUGAAGCUAGAAACUGCAAAGAUUCCUCGCUGCUUCCAGCCCAAAGAUUUCGGAGAGGCUGAGGAAGUGGAAUUGCACCACUUCUCAGAUGCCUCAUUAUCUGGAUAUGGACAAUGUUCAUAUGUCAGAUUACGAAAUCAAAGGGGCAAGUCCACUGCUCUCUUGCCAUGGCAAAGGCGAGAGUAGCACCGCU